AUGGCUUCCGACACAGUCGCUAGUAACAGUCGGAAAUUCAACUGGGCCGACGAUGACGACGACGAAUUUGACUUGAAUAGCUGGAAUGCUACCGCCGACACCUCCGCGCCCACCGCCGACGAGCUAGGCCCUCUCCAGGUCCCUCCCACUGGAGAUGACACGAAGGAAGACGAAGUCUACACGUUAUCCCGCAUCUUCAAUGAGCGCGCCUAUUGGGAUCCUCCUGCCCUCCAGAAGUUGUCAGACGCGGAGCCUACCCAGGAGCCAGAGCGAGUUGCUGAGCCGCCAGCUGAGCAUUGGCGUGUCGACGUCGUUGGCUGCAGUCCAGAACAUCAAGUCAUGUCUGCGCGGUACAUCCUUAUCACGCACGCUAUUGGCCCUGCUUAUGACGGCAAAGAGGAGUCCGACGUCCCAGCCUAUCCAGAAUUGAGCCAAGACCCGAGUCACCGGUCUUACUAUGCGAGGGGAUUCCGAGACUGGAAGACGGAACAUAGAGGUUUUCCGUCUAGGAAGGUCUAUCGCAAUUCGCCCUUGAACAUUGUCACUUCCAUUGACAAUGCGCAUGAGAUCGACGACAUUGCCGACCCCGAAGAAGGAGCGGUAGAAGACGCCGAUCGCGAGAUGAACGAUGAAAUUGAUCGCAUGAUUGAUGAUCAAAUCACCAACCACAUUGAUCAGUUCCAGUGGUUCUCCAGGACAGAACUUGAGAGCUUUUACCACCAGUUCAAGGCUCAGGAGCAGAAGGCUGAGACUGGAGACGACGUCUCAGAUGAUGAUGACAGCGAUUCCGACGACGGGUGGGAUGAACAGGCUUACGAGCCAUACCAUGGUUCUGUUCAAAACGAAGAGAUUUCGCCUACGACCACUACGUCAAGGGAGGACGGCGAAACGUUGUUCUCGAUUCCCCGCCCCUUCGCCGCCGCGUAUAACGAAGACGAGCUGGACUUCAACGAUGUCGUAUUUGGGGACGAUGACAAAGGCGAUGAACCGGAGAGUCAGGGUGAAACCGACUCUGAACCCAGCGAUGAGGGUUAUGUUUCCUCUUCACCGCCAGACACUCCCUUUUUUGAAACCUUCAACAGGGCGGGUAGUAAAGAAGCGCAAAGCGCCUCUAUCUCUACCAAUAAUUGGCUGAGUGUGUCAUCCAGGCGCCGCAAGACAAUGUUUCGAACGGACUCCAUGGAUGCACUCAAGACGUUUAGACAACUUGCCAAGUUUGAACAACGUGUCGACGACGCUUUCGAAGACGAUGAGAACUUUGGAGAUCUAAAAGAAAACAUCGGCAUCGACGACGAGCUAAAGGCGUCAUCAGAUGCUGUGGAGGACACAGAUUUUGUCCUCGUCGUUACACCACCCGAGGAUGAGCAAAGCACGCAAGACUAUCUUUUCAGCCAUGCGACACCUUUAUUUUCAACGAAAACCACUAUAUCUGAUUCAAUUAAAGAGGACGAUCAAGUCGAUUCUAUCAAAGAUGGAUCGCGCGGCACCCUCAAUUCAGCCUUCAUUUUCCCCAGUUUGUCUGUUGAUAGAGCCUCAAUCGCAACGGACGAGAUGGGUAACGCAGGCACAAAAAUCGCCACUUCCAAAACCUCCUCUCGACGUUGGACUGAUCCUCCAAAGUACGAUCCCACCCUUCCAUCAAUUUCGCCAUCGCCCAGUCAUUGGCACACAAGGCAUACGAAGCAUAACUCUGUUUCAUUGGAUUAUCUCGUCGGCGCCGUCUCGAAGAGCUGGCUCUACGUGGGCCAAGUGCCCUGGACGCAGAUUGGUAUAAUGGGCGCUGGAGUGGUCGCUGGUGGAUUAUUGAGCAUGGCGGGGCUUACAUGA